AUGAUCAUCUCUUUCGAAGGCUCGGGCUGUGAGUUUACCGGAAUUUUCCCAUCGACGCUUGGGGCCUUGGUGCGCUCCAAGUUUUUCCUCACUUCUUCGUCAAAGUGGUCCUCAUCAAAGGAUCUACUGCAACAAGAACCACAACACCCCGUCGGUCCACCGCAUCUGCAGCAACAGCCACCUCCUCCGAAUGCCCCUGGAGAAGAACGUAGUAGAUCAUCUUCAGUUUUCGUGACGAGUGAUCCUCAAAAUAUGAUUCUGUUCACGAGUGUCGCACCAACUUUCGGCAGAAGCAGCACCGAAUAUACCUGA